UGAUUUCUAUGUUGACCUCGGAGGUAUCAUGUUAAACUCUAGGGACACGAAGCACCAUUCGCCUCAGCUUCAUGCGGGCGGUUCAGCUUGUAAUUUCGACUGGGGAAGAGCACUGUACAUCCAGGCAUUAGUAAAGGGCUUCGCGUACGUUACUGUGGCAUGCUCGAUUGAUUAUAACGCAUGGACUUCCGGCCGAGUGCGCUAGUCCGAUUCAUGACCGCUGUCCUGGUGAAUCUGCUAGACUCUAUCUGCCAUUGUUACACUGAUUAUUUGACAAUUCACAUAUAUUCGUUGCUUAGAGAAAGAACGAUGGGGUACCACACCAAAACCAUUGUCGACAAUGAGGGCGGAUGGCAAUCACCGAGUAGUCGUGAAUACCAUCAAUACUUCCGAACUUGGCAAAGACCAAA